AACACGUUGGGUCUCUAAAUUGGAUCACGUCCAAAUUUCCCCAUCUUUUUCCCCUCCUCUCCGUACUUUUGCAAUCCUAACUUCCUUUAGUCGGAACUGAUGGUGCUCCAGCGAGAUUCUCCUCAGCUCGAACCAUGGAACGACUUGAACGGCAAAGUGGUGAUGGUCACCGGAGCCUCAUCGGGGAUCGGCCGCGAGUUCUGUCUGGAUCUUGCUAGGGCUGGAUGCCACAUCGUCGCCGCCGCACGCCGUACGGAUAGACUCCAAUCUCUCUGCCACGAAAUUAAUCAACUCGCUUCCUCCGGUUCCUCCUUUCGGACGGACACCCCUCGAGCUGUGGCUGUGGAGCUUGAUCUCAGAGCCGAUGGUACGAUCAUCAAGACCGCCGUCAGAAAAGCCUGGGAUUCCUUCGGCUUCAUCGACGCUUUGGUGAACAAUGCUGGUUUGAGAGGGGCUGUCACGUCUCCAUUGGAGCUGUCUGAAGAUGAAUGGGAUGAAGUGAUGGGAACAAACCUGAAGGGAUCUUGGUUGGUAGCGAAGUAUGUAUGCAUUCACAUGCGUGACACCAGUCGAAGUGGAUCCAUUAUCAACAUUUCUUCAAUUGGUGGUCUUAACAGAGGCCAUCUUCCUGGAGGCUUUUGCUAUGCUGCUUCAAAGGCUGCCUUAAACACUUUGACAAAGGUUAUGGCCAUUGAAUUAGGAGCAUAUAAUAUCAGAGUAAAUUCCAUAUGUCCUGGAAUUUUUAAAUCUGAGAUUACAAAGAGUUUGAUGGAAAAAGAUUGGCUUAAAAAUGUAGCAUUGAAAACGAUCCCUUUAAGGACACAUGGAACAUGUGAUCCAGCAUUAACAACGCUUAUUCGAUAUUUGGUACACGACUCUUGUGGAUACAUUUCGGGCAACAUUUUCAUAGUCGAUGCAGGAGCCACAUUACUAGGAGUCCCAAUUUUCUCAUCCUUAUGAAUAUAUGUACCGUCACGACCCAUCCCCUGCCGGAAGGUUUUGUCUACUUGAAAAAAUUGUACUUGUAAAUUUCUUAUAAAAUAUUUGAUACCAUUAUUUAAUCAAGUUUCAUUCUGUCCUA